AUGACAGAAAACCCUGCAAGAGCCGAAAGACAAACUCCAGAGAAUCAACAGCAACAAAGAAAUAAUAGAAGGAUAAUGGACGUUAAUAAAACGAGGAGACAGUUAUCAAUCCGAAUGAAGUCUGUUAUGAAAUUUUCAGGUCGUAGUAAAGAUGCCAGCAAUAUUAAGUGGCAAGAUCCAUAUAAUUUCCUCGGAUUGCUUAACGUCCUUGAUCAAGCAAGCGUCAAAUCUUCAAAAGGCGCGUUACCGUCACUCGAAGUUGUAAUGGGCAAUGAAUCUGCCGAUCUCGACUCUAUAAUCUCUGCAACAGCUUACGCUGUACUGACUAACAUACUCGUGAAUAAGAUUUGUAUCCCGCUGGUUCAGAUAUCAAAAUCUGAACUUAAACUUCGGCAAGAAUGUGUUUACGCGUUGAAAGAAAGCGGCCUAAAUCAGAAUAACCUAAUAUACCUAGACGAUUUUGAGAAAGUUAAAAAGGUGUUAAAAAAGUAUGAUGAUAGCAAAAUAGUGCUUGUGGAUCACAAUCAAUUGAUGAGUCGAUGGAAAGAUGUGGAAGGAAAAGUCUAUAGAAUAAUAGAUCAUCAUAAGGAUGAAAACCUAUACUCAGUAACUGGUGAAUACCGGAACAUAAAACUUGUCGGCUCAGCUUGCUCAUUAGUCACACUCGAAUUCAAAGAUCUUUGGACAAAGGCUACUGACGAUCAGAAAAAGACUCUUGCGAAAUUACCCAAGCUUCUAUUGGCACCGAUUUUAGUCGACACUAUAUCGCUUGAUGAGAGUAAAGGCAAAACCAAGCCUGAAGACUUGAGCGCUGCCAAGUUUUUACUCGAGAUUAUAUCAGACUAUCAUGGUAUCCAGAAGGCUCGGUUUGACGUGAGUCACCUAUCGGAUUUCGAUCUCCUCCGUAAAGAUUACAAGCAAUGGGAAAUCGCGUCAUUGCAGCUUGGCAUAUCUGCCGUGACUUGGGAUCUCAACUCUUGGACUGAAGCACGGACUCUUGAGAAAGUUACCGAAUCGUUCGACAAAUAUGCCGAACGUAACAAACUUGAUUUGUUGCUCGUAGCAACCCUCUACGAUCAUCCAGAAUAUGGAUUUCAACGUGAAUUGGUAAUAUGGCCUGUUGGUGAGAAGAUCGAUAGGAAACAACUUGUAGAAAAAUUGAAGGAUUCUGAAUUACGUUUGGUGAACAAUGGAAAAUAUAAGCAUAAUGCUUUUUAUAAUCAGGAGAACGUUGUAAUGUCACGAAAACAAAUUUAUCCAUUAGUAGAGACCAUACUGAGAUCGAUGGACGGUUGGUACAUAUUAGAUCAGAACAAUUUUUCGCUUUCGCCUGUGAAAGCGAUGGAAUGCAUUGGGUUUGCGGCAUCUCAAUAG